UUAACCCCAGCACUCAGGAGGCAGAGGCAGGUGGAUCGCUGUGAGUUCAAGGCCAGAACUGGCUCCAUAGCUACUUAGAAACCCUGCCUUGAAAACCAAACAAACAAAAAACCUGCAGGUGUCAGUUCUGAGUGCGCCACCACCCAAGAUAGAACUCCAGCGCCUUUACACACAGGGCCACCUCACCAAUGAUUACUGAAGCUUUUUGGCACUCCCUUAAUUUUCCACCAAAAGUGAGUUCCUUGCUUGCCUCACCCCAGGUCAAGCUUGAACUUUUAUGUAUAAAACGCACAAAUCAUCGUGUUUUAUAAUACACAAGCGUCCCGACCCCUGAAAAUGGUAACGUAAUUCUCCUCCAGACUUUUUGAACAGCUAUUCUUCUCUAAUGUGAGCCUCUGGGUCCCCUGUGCCUGUGGCCAAUGACGUCUUGCGACUUCCGGUUCUCCGGCGCGUGGCCCCGCCCCCGCAUCCCCCAGCGCGUGGUGAAACAUGGCGCAGGGACAGCGCAAGUUCCAGGCGCAGAAACCUAAAAGCAAGGCAGCGGCAGCGGCGGACCGGAGCCGAGGGCCGAGGAAAGGCGGUCGAGUCAUCGCUCCCAAGAAGGCGCGCGUCGUGCAGCAGCAAAAGCUGAAGAAGACCCUGGAAGUGGGGAUCCGGAAGAAGAUUGAGCAUGACGUGGUGAUGAAAGCCAACUCCAGCCUGCCUAAGAAGCUCGCACUGCUAAAGGGCCCAUCAAAGAAGACAGGGGCCGACACACCCAGCAAGACACCAUCCUAAAGGCACUGGGACUUUGCAGGUGACCCCACAGGCUGGCCGGACUUGAACAGGACCCCCCCUCCACUCCUAAUGGCACCUGGGACAGCAAUGGGCAGGUGAUGAUAAAGCCUGAGGCCAGCUCCGCAGGGUACUGAAGAGGCACUCAGCUUCCUGUAGGCUCAGAGUCUGUCUUUACUGUGGUGACACCGUGUGAUGAACCUGGCUCUGAUGUCCCUCUGGCUCUCAAGCAGCUCAGUGGGGAGGCUGUUUGAGGGUAGGUGAGCCUCACUGUUCUCCACAAGAAACUUCCCCCACCCCCUCAGUGCCCUUGACAGCCACAGACCCAAGAAAGGGCAAUGGCAUCAAUAGCAGAAGCUGGCGAGUACAGGUAAUCUCUUCCCCAGGUCCUGGGUGGCCCUGGCCCCAAAAGCCAUCCCCUCUAGUCAUCUAGUGUCAGUUGUCCUAUACAUGAAGAAGGGUUCCAUAUCUUCAGUGAGGCACCAUCUCAUCCUGUCACACUAGUGAUCCAAAGCCACUUGGGGAUGGCCAGUGUUACCCAAUAAACCUGUGCUCACA